AUGUUACAGCGCAUCGUGUUGUUAGUAUCAUUGUUCAGUGCACUCUUCGAUUUAAUCGUCACCGCACAAAGGUGCGAAUAUUUGAGAAACAUUACAGUUACGGUUUUCCAAGAAAAUGGGGACCCCUACAAUCAGACCAUCAACGGAUGCAUUGAGGACGUCGUUUUCAGUGACGAAAAGAACGUAGUCACGGCCAUAACCAUUUCCAAUCAAAAUAUCACACACCUUGGAGAAUAUUCUGUGAGGAAUAUGGCGUACAUAAAUGAAAUUAUAAUAGAGAAUUGCGUGCUGCAGAGCAUUGAGGCUGGGGCGUUCAGUAAUUUGCCCAAACUCAGCAAAAUCACGUUGGGUUUCAGCGAAUUGAAAGAUGUGGCUAUCGACGUGUUUAAUGUCCUGGAGAAUUUGCAGGAGAUUAGGAUACAUAACACCGACUUGGACACAAUAGACAAGGAAAGUUUUGCUAACAUGCCGCUCUUGAGGAAGUUCUCCAGCGAUAUCAAUAAAUUGGAAUACUACGACAAGGACUGGUUCACCAACAGUGUCAAUUUGGAGAUACUGGACUUUCAAUUCAACAAAAUUAACUCGUUACCAGAGAAGGCGUUUUAUAAUUUGAAAAAAUUGAGGAAGGUCAACUUCAACAACAACGAAAUAUCAUACAUCGAACCGAACGCCUUUGAAGGACUGGACAAUCUGGAUACGUUAUAUUUAAACUACAACAGGCUAAAAAUAAUAAACGACGACAUUGUGCCAGACAAAUUAAAAAUCGCUUCUUUAUACAUUAACGCAAAUUACCUAAACUAUCUGUCAAAUGCACUACUUAAGAAGGUAAGUGUGAAACAAAUUUCCUUGGACUACAAUCCUUGGAAAUGUCCUUGCCUCGAUCGCAUUAAUUAUUGGUUAAACGAAAUAAACGGCACCACCAUAGGAACACACAACUGUACCGGAUACACACCAAUGUGUCUUUAUUCGAAGAACUUUACAAAUACAUGUUUGGAUACGAUCGAUGAAGAUCUGACUACGGAAUAUAUUCAUAAAUUAAGGAACGCCACUAAAUUCAAAACUGACCUCAACCCGUACUGUGCUAGAUUAGACUAGAUUUGUGUCUGUUUGUAUAUAUUUAUUUAAUAAAUUAUUUU